GCGAUCGGCUCUCUGUUGAGCCUGCGUGUGUGGCUAGCUAGCUGCUAGCUAGUUACGCAGUAGCAGUUUGGCGUCGGGCAGCUAGUAAACCAUUGGACCAAUGCCUUAGAAAACAUUUUCUCUUCGCUCCCCCUCAGAUAAUAUGAAUGUUGUCCUUUGAUCUCAGUGGACGUCGAUCGUUAGAAUGACCGCAUAAAACCGAUGUUAGCGACACACGGUUUAUUAUUAGUCUGCGGCCACAUUUUCCGUUUCUGGCCGAGCUAGCGAACCAGCUAGCAUAGCUGCUGAAGAUAGCCUGUUACCGAUGAUGGCACAGCCCGACAGCCGCUCGAUAAAAGAAGCCUAGACUCUGCAUGGCGACGGACUGGCAGCAGUGGGAGUGAGCAGCCAAUCAGCCAAGGCCACUGGUAGCAACAUGGCGUCCCGUCAGAGGAACUCGGUCCGGAUCCUGUCCAGCCGGGAGAGGGGCUCCCAGACGUUUGGAUCUCAGAGGCUCCUGCAGCUGCUGGUGGAGGAGAAAGUCCGCUGGAUGAAAUGGCAGAGUCAGAAAGUGGAGCUGCCGGACAGCCCUCGCUCAACGUUCCUGCUGGCAUUCAGCCCCGACAGGACCCUCAUGGCUUCCACACACGUCAACCACAACAUUUACAUAACGGAGGUGAAGACUGGAAAGUGCCUACAUUCCCUCGUGGGCCACCGUAGAACCCCCUGGUGUGUGACCUUUCACCCCACGAUUCCCGGCCUGGUGGCCUCCGGGUGCCUUGAUGGCGAAGUCCGCAUCUGGGACCUGCAUGGUGGUAGUGAGAGUUGGUUCACGGAAAGCAACGUUGCCAUUGCUUCUCUGGCCUUCCACCCGACCGCUCAGCUCCUCCUCAUCGCCACCAACAACGAGCUCCACUUCUGGGACUGGAGCCGACCGGAGCCUUUCGCCGUGGUCAAGACGGGCAGCGACACGGAGAGAGUCCGGUUGGUGAGGUUUGACCCUCUGGGCCACAACCUGCUCACAGCCAUCGUGAAUCCGUCCAAUCAGCAGAACGAGGAGGACUCGGAGGUUCCGAUGGACAGUGUGGAGAUGCCUCACUUCCGUCAGCGCUCCUUCCUGCCCUCCCAGCCUGUUCGUCGUACUCCCAUCCUUCAUAACUUCCUCCACAUCUUGUCGUCUCGCUCGCCGGGCGCUCAGGCGGGAGGUGAGCAGCCGAGGCCUCUCGGGGAAAAUGGAAGCAAUAUUGGAGAAUCUCCCAGCAUCCCUCUGGCCCAGUACCCCACCUCUGAGCGCGGGCCUCCCUUCCCCGGCUGCACCCAGCACCUGGGCAUGGUCUGCCUCUGCAGCCGCUGCUCCGUCAGUAGGAACCCCUCCCUGGCAGCCGACGGUUCCUCCGUGACGCCGUCUGAUCCCCGGGUGUCGUCCGACGCUCCCCCUCCUCCUCCAGCCUCCACCUUCUCUUCGGCCCGUACGGAGCCCAGACAGCCGUCGGAGCGCACCUCGGCCUUUACCUCAGUCUACUACAGUGCCGGCGCUUCUCUAAACCCCACCGCACCGGGCGGCCUCGAGCCGCUCUCCACCUCCAGACCCGGACCUGACUGGACUCGCAACCUGCUGACCAUGAGGGAGGGUGGGGUCGGUCCAGGCAUGCUGCCUCCCAGAACCUCCUCCUCUUCCUCCAUCAGCCUUCUUUCAGUGCUCCGUCAGCAAGACGGCUCCUCUCACUCCCCCGUCUACACCUCUGCCACUGAAGGCCGAGGUUUCCCCCAACAAGGAGAACCCGGGGCCCGGGACACAGCCGGUACCAGCAGUGGACAUCACCCGUUCUGGGACGGCUCUCGCAGCAACACGGCCUCCUUCCGUAACGUGCUGCAGUGCAACCUGAGCCGCUACUUCAUGGAGUUCGACCGCAUGCAGGACCUGGAGCCGCCGUUAGGGGGCGCCAUGGACCAGAGCCACGAGCAGAGCCAAGAGCUGCUCAAUAAUAACAUGGACCCAGACAGACCUGGACCUUCCCCAUCUUCCUCCACCUCCUCCCCCACAAUCAUCCACUACCAGCCUCCUCUCCCACCUCCCCCCUCCUCCCACAGCCUGGAGAACAAUGUUCCUCCCCCGGCCUCCCGAGGUCAUCUGAACCGCUGCCGGGCCUGCCACAACCUGCUGACCUUCAACCAUGACUCUCAGCGCUGGGAGCGCACCAACCAGGCCUCCUCCACCUCCGCCUCCUCCCUGGAACCCUCCUCUUCCUCCUCCACCUUUCCUCCUCCUCCUCCUUCUUCUUCUUCUCCCUGGCAGCCUGAAGAAGGCAGGAGGACACUAGAAGCCCAAACCCAGGAGAGGAGGGCUCCUCCGGAGGGCAGCGAGCAGCCUCCUCCUCCUCCUGGAGGUGGAGGAGCAGGACCAGUGGCCUUCCCCAUCGCCCCGUCCUCCGGCCAGCCUGGAGAGCAGGCCGUGGGUUUGGUGUACAACCAGGACACAGCGCAGUGGGAGAGGGUGUACCGGCAGGCUGCUGCCGGCCGAUCGGCAGAGCCACCGGAGGCCUUAAGCCAAGAAAUGCCUGUUGACCCCCCAGACGAGGACUCCCUGAGGAGGCGACUGCUGGAAUCAUCUCUGCUGUCGUUGUCUCGCUACGACAUGUCCGGAUCAAGAGACCACCCCAUUUACCCCGACCCCGCCAGGCUUUCUCCAGCGGCGUACUACGCUCAGAGGAUGAUCCAGUACCUGUCCAGACGGGACAGCAUCCGCCAGCGCUCGCUUCGGUACCAGCAGAACCGGCUCCGGGCCAUGUCGUCGUCAUCAGACAGCCCGGCCAGCAACCCGGCCAGCACCAUGGACAGCAGCGACGUGGACUUUGAGGAGCUGGAUGAUAACGGAGACAGAGCGAGGCACAGGACUCCACGGAACGCCCGGAUGUCUGCACCCUCGCUGGGUCGCUUCGUCCCUCGGCGUUUCCUCCUGCCCGAGUACCUGCCCUACGCUGGGAUCUUCCACGAGCGAGGGCAGCCCGGCCUCGCCACACACUCCUCCGUCAACAGAGUGCUCGCUGGAGCGUCGAUCGGAGACGGUCAGUCUGCGGUGGCCAGCAACAUCGCUAACACCACCUACCGUCUGCAGUGGUGGGACUUCACCAAGUUCGAUCUGCCCGAGAUCAGCAACGCCUCGGUCAACGUCCUGGUGCCAAACUGUAAAAUCUACAAUGACGCAAGCUGCGACAUCUCUGCAGACGGUCAGCUGCUGGCGGUUUUCAUUCCCAGCAGCCAGCGGGGUUUCCCAGACGAGGGCAUCCUGGCCAUCUACUCUCUGGCUCCUCACAACCUGGGAGAGAUGCUCUACACCAAGAGAUUCGGUCCCAACGCCAUCUCCGUCAGCCUGUCCCCGAUGGGCUGCUACGUCAUGGUGGGCCUGGCCUCCCGCAGGAUCCUGCUGCACCCCACCACCGACCACAUGGUGGCGCAAGUCUUCCGCCUGCAGCAGCCACACGGAGGAGAGACGUCCAUCAGAAUGGUGUUCAACGUGGUUUACCCCAUGGCUCCAGACCAGAGGCGCCACGUCAGCAUCAACUCGGCUCGCUGGCUGCCGGAUCCAGGGAUGGGUCUGGCUUAUGGAACCAACAAGGGAGACCUGGUGAUCUGCCGGCCUGUGUUCUAUCGAAGCGACGGUGAGAGCCCCGGAGAGUCGAGCAGCGAGCCGCUGUUCUCCGUCAACAACAGUGGAACCAGCCGGACCCGAGGUUCUGACAGACCGGGUCCGAAUCGCUCUGGCUGGAGGCUGGACAGAGACAUGGGACUGAUGAACGCCAUUGGUCUUCAGCCCCGACAUCCCGCCCCUUCGGUGACAUCACAGGGAACCCAGACACCCAUCAUCCAGCUUCAGAAUGCCGAGACGCAAACCGAGAGGGACCUGCCAGAGCCCAGCGCCUCCCAGCAGCAACUCAAUGUGCCUCCUGAGACUCCAUCCACCAGUCGAGCAGCUCAGGGGCAGCUGGAGGCGCCUCAGGGCGGCAGAGGUCCAGACGGCGUUCAGGGCGAAGCUUCAGCCGAGGCCAACACUUCUACAGCGAGCACUGGAGAGUCUCCGGAGUUCGGUUCGGGUGAAGACGCUCUGGCCCGGAUCCGGCGGCUGAUCGCUGAAGGCGGCAUGACGGCGGUGGUGCAGCGGGAGCAGAGCACCACGAUGGCCUCCAUGGGCGGCUUCGGGAACAACAUCAUCGUGAGCCACCGGAUCCACCGCGGCUCCCAGACGGGCACGGCGGCCUCCAGGACCCCCGCCGCCGCCGCCGACCCCGCCGACCCCGCCACCUCCACCUGUCCCCUCCUCAUCGCCCAGGCCCAGUCCUACCCCCACCCCCCUCCCCAGGCUGCCAACCCGUCGGAACAGCUGGCUCCGGUGUGGGGCCCCGCGGUGCUGUCGGGCCCCCAGCCGCCGGGCCUCGCUCUGGCCGUGGACAUGGACGACGUGUUCGACGGGGGCCGAACGGACGACGACUCCCUGCCGGGUCCCUCCUCUUCCUCCCUGCUGCUGUCUUCCCCUUCUUCCUCCUCCUCCUCCUCCUCCUCCCACAGCCCCCUCCCCGGCGGUGGAGGCGGGCCCAACGGUUACCCCGGCGACCCGUACAGCAGGUAGUCCCCCUGUCGGCUGGGGUGACGGAUGACUGGCGCUCCUCAAAGCCUUAUCUCACAAAGAAAUGGGUGCUGCUUCGACUCUGCACAGGGUCUCCCGGCUGGAAAAAGAAGGGACACAAGAACCCACGCCUCACCCCUUCCUCCUCACCCCGGCACACCCCCCCCCCGGAGUGGCAUCGGCAUGUACUUCUCCCGCACUUAAAAACCUGGACUGAAGCUGAAAUCCGCGAUCAUUCCUCGUCAGAAAGGGCUUCUACUUGAACGGAGGCCAGUUCUCGCUGAGCUCCUCUCCGCCCGACUCUCUCCAGCUAUCAGCGUGACGGACGUUCCCGUCAAAGUGCCAUGUCUGGGGGGUGAGGAGGGGGAGGCGGGCGAGGGGGGAGGCAUCUCUUUUCUCACACACAUUUACUCCAACGUGCUGCAUUCGGUGCCAUGUGAUGUUGAAUUUGAUGUGAAAUAGUGCGUGAUUGAAGUGUUUAAAAAGUGAAUUCAGCACUACUUUAUUUUGAAGCCUGUUUUGUUGUUUUUUUCCCCUUUUUUUUGUACCGUGUGUAAUUAUGAUGUUCGAAAAAACCAGGAAUCGUGUCCGAGGCCGUCUGAGGCUGGACUCUGAGCGGCGGCCCGCAGCCGAGUGGAGAAAAAUUCACCGAUGACUGAACGGACAAAACGAGACCGAACAAAACUGAAUCUACUGCAUGUCUUUUCAAUAAUGCUGCAGUUCAUGAAACAAAAACACCUUGAGUUUCUUCUGUUUGUUUUUUUUUAAAGGCUGAAGAGGAGAAGAACCAUUUCUUGUUUGGGGGGGCGGGGGAGGAGGGUGGAUUCAUUAUGACCUGCUCCAGCCCCUCCCUGAAAACCCACCCAGUUGCACUACAGUGUGUUUGGUGCUAAGCGAGGCCGUGUGUUCUGUGCGUUUGUGGCCCCCCUCCUCCGUUUCGAAAGCGUCCGAUCGCUGAAGCCGCGUUCGACGAGGCGGGCGGUGACCGACGCCACGUUUUUAAAGCGAGUGACUUUGCAUUUCUUGACCGCAGGCGUCACCUGUGUGAGCAGAAGUUUCUACAUUUUUAUUCAAUUCGCAGACAGAGCCACGACCGACGGUUGUCCUCGUUGUCCGUCGACCUGCAGCAGGUAGAAGGUCGGAUGUUUUAGCUCUGAUUGACCCUCUGAACCCUCAGCUUGUCUCACAUUUUUACUCACUGUGGGAGAUCUAAAGUCCUGCCCUCCAUGGAAACAACAACCAUGAAGAGAAAGGCCAUAAAUAAUUGUAGAAAAAAAGAUGAAUUUCAUUGAUUAUUUAUUUUACAGAAACUGGAAUCAGCAUUUUUCUGCAGUGCCCACAGUCGUUAAAAACACUGGGAAAAGAUAUUAAACUGUUUACGUAUUUGCAGAGUUUUGGUCACUAAUAGCUUCACAGUUGCGCCAAAGAUCACUGAUUUUUAUUGUUUUUGUUACAGAUUCUGGUGCAGCUGGUUGAGACGUGCAGAAUAGAGGGAUUUGGUGAAAAGUCCUGAUUUUUUUUUUUAAAGCUGAGAUUUGGUUAAUUUUUCCCAAAAAUGUCACAUAAUUUGUCUGAAGGUUGAAAGUCUGGCGAUUCUUUCUCUGUUUACAGUUUCUGGCUGAUCGGUGAUGUAGUUUUGGUGAUUUUUUUUUUAAACUUAUUUGGUUGUUUUUGGGGUUCAGAGGGUUUAUUCUGUACGUCUGAGUGAUGCAGUUUGUGUCUAAAAUCACACUCCUAAUCAGAGUCGGACCUGAAGUCACACAAAAGACGCAUUUUUAGAUUCAGUGGGAUUUCUGCUCUUUAUCUCUGAAAGAAAUCAGUCAAAACACUUUAAAAACUGCCUGAGAAUGCGUCUCUCUUCUAGGUUUUCUUCAGUAAAACAGAAAUCCAGCGAAAGUUUUCCGUACACCCACUGCAAACAGGAGCUGCUCACAGAAAGUCUAAGUAUUUAUUACCUGUUUAAGUCCUGCAGAGCAUCAUGGGAGUUGAAGUUAGUGCUGGAGUUGGUUUUCAAAUGUCUUGUUUUGUCCAACUGGCUCUCAAAAUACAAAAAAAGAUGUUUGGUUUGCUUUUACAGAGGAACGAAAGCAGAAAAUGUUCACGUUCGUGAGAUGGAACUGCAGCUUUUUUCUGGUUUUGCUUCACAGGGUGUUUUUACAUUUUACUCCUGGUGUUUUAUCCUCACACGUUCUUCCUCCUGGCAGCACGAUAACAGCUUCUAUUUUUGUCGUUUUGUUUUGCCGUCUACUAUAUUUAUACAUUUUUGUCGGACUGGUUGCGCAAAACAAGACAUUUUCCACCUUUUUUUCUGUUAUGUUUGGUCACCGAAAACAGAAAUUAUUGUCAGUCACAGCUCUUUCGUUGCAUUUUUAGGGACAGAAACGUGCAGAAACACUGGUGUAGUCCUUCGAAAGCGAGGACAUUUCUAUCGGCAGCGUGAGUAAAACGACCAAAAGGAAACGUUUUGUGUUUUUCUUCUUUUUAACCGAGCGGCGGAGUGAAAAUCUGCUCACGUGGUCGGUGGAGGCACGUCGAUCUGAGACACGUUCACUUCUGAGUGUCUGCGUUCCUAUGAAAUGAGAAGUUUGUGUGCUGCAUCGUGAGCAGGAAAAGUGUGUGUUUGCGUUGUAGUCGGGGCAGGCAGGAGGCACAUGUGGCGUCUCCGCCGGUUUCAGCUGAGGGAUGCAGCGUGAAACUGAUCGUCUUUUUCCACUGCAGGAGCUUCAACCUGAGAACCUGCUAGAAAACGUGUUGGUUCUGCAAAAGCAGCAUCCGUAGAGCCAAAGUGAAGCCAGAACUUCCCGAUUCAGCUCUCGAUGGAAGAGAAAAUCGAUUCAGAAUCACCCUGAUCUCACAUCUACACUCGUAUCUAAAACUCCAGCCUCACGUGUUCAAGUAAGGUCAAUAUUUAUGUUUUUAGCUGCUGUAAGGAAGCAAAAUUUCCCAGAAGCCCUUGUGCAUUCGUGCGCUGAUGCUGUUGUUACUUUGAACGGAGGGAAAAACGCUUGAUUUCAGAGAUUCUGUGACCUUAAACAACUUAAAAUAGGUUUAAUAACAAGGAAAAGAUGAGUCAUCGUUAUCAGAAGCCAAGAAAAUGCUGAGAAGCCAGAAACCCUGAGAUGUGGCCUCACAGUUCAGAAGAAGAGAAGUCAGCGACCCCAUCCAAGAGCUCUGCAGAUCCUCAUUUUAAUGCAGUAUUAAUGAGCAGUUACUGAUUACUGGCUGUUGGAAAACCGGCGUCAUUUUUCUCACUGUUGGCUCAAUCCAGCCCCUCUGUGGACAGAACAGCCAUGACAAGAAGCAGAAGUCCGAAAUGUUUUCUGUGCAGUUUGACACAAUGAAAAUGCCAUAAAUCAGAACAAAAAAUGUAAAAAAAAAAAAAAAGUAAUUUCUGAGACUGUUUAUUUUGCCUGGAAUCAACAUAUUUUCCCACAGAUGUAGAUAAAACUGGGGGGGGGGGAUCAGUGUGUCUACAUACUAUAGAUAUUUAACUACCUGGUUUUUAAUUUGUUUACACACUUCUCUCUAAACACUGCCUGCAGUUCAGCCGAAAACUCAAAAAUGUCUGUCUGGUCACAGCCGAGUUGAAAUUUUAGUUUUUUCUUACACAAAGUUAUGCAAAAGGUUAUUUUUGGUGUAGUUUUAAUCAGAUUUUAAUGAAUUAACAUGAUUUUAAGCUCGCAUACAGAAGCUGAAAAUCAAAAUAUUUCAAUUUUUGCAGUUUUGUUUGAUAAAUGAUGUCGUUUUUGGGGUGCAAAUGGUUCAUUCUUCCUCUGUAUCAAGACUCUUCCUACACCUCCAUGUUUCUUUUGUGGCUGAAGUUUGUGCAUUCAGUCCGAAUCGUUUAGAAACCAGCGUCAGAUGUUUACAGUAACAGGACUUCAGCUUCUGGAUUGAGAUUUUAAAAUGUAAAGCAGGAAACUUAAAAACACACUAGUCAGUUGCUCUGUUUGUGUUAUUGUUAUUUAGGUGUCAUAUUAAAACAAGGUAAUAUAAAUGUCUACAAGGAAGGAACAGUCCUCAAGGCUUAAGGCUCACUUUAGCUCCAAAUAUUAAAACUAAUAAUUCAAAUCUCACCUCUCGUCCCCGAAGAAGCAGCUAAUCGUCUCGACUGCAUCUUCCCAACCGUUUUCCCAUCGAUAUUUGUUUAUUCUCACUUAAAAGUAUUAUGACUGAAAGUUGCUGCACCAUAGUCUCCAUUUUUGGUGUUUCCUUCAUUGUUAUAUCUUGUUGGGACGUCCAGAUCAAAUGUUACUUUGCUUGAGUCAUUUAAUAUUCGAUGUUCUCCGAUAUCGUUUUCCCAGCUAAUGCUCACUUCCAAAUAAUGUAUAUCAGAUGCAGUACCUGACUCUUACUGAGGAGGAGUUUAGCUGGGAGUAACGAAGCACCAUUACAGAGACUCGCAUGUGGCUUAAUGAUCUCAGAGAACAAGGGUUAAAUGGAAUUGGGAUGUAAUGAAAUCAUGAUUCUACGUCCCCAUCAACACAUCAGAUAGCUGUGAUUGUGGUUAUUUCUCAGGUUUUUGCGUGACAACAGAAGUUUACAAAGAAUGGUGGAGAGAUUUGUGCCCACCGCUUCCAAAUUCCUGUGAUCUCUGGGUUUAGAUCGUCCCUGAUGCGCUCUUAUUUUUUACAUGUUGUAGUGUUUGAAUGUGUGAAUUAGAGAGAUUAUCUGUGAAGUUUCUCCUCAUGAAGCAAGGAUUCUAAAAGUGAAGCUAUAGAGGACCAAGACCAGAGCCCUGAGGAAUGCUGCCGAGUGUUUACCGCCACUUUUAAAGCUCCUGCAGUGGAAAAAGUCCUGCGAUUGGCGUCUCCAAUCCAAACCCCGCCCUCUCCUCUCCCUUCAAACUCCUGCAGAAGAAAACUUGAAUUUUAUGAUGAAGCGCUACUUUUCAGUUUCCAGCCUGUGGGACUGUACAGCCGCUGGCGCUCUGCUGUUGUUUUUUUUUCUUCAAACUUUUUUUUUUUUUAAUCGUUAUUCCACAUGUGCUUAGCCACGCACGCACAAAGCUGCAUAGAGGGUCACGUACUGAUAGCGUUGUGUGUUUGUGUGAAUGUGUUGGGGGUGGGGAGGGUAGUAGUAACGGACCUAUGAUUUAACUUUCUGCCGGUUAGUCCAGGUGAGAUCUCGUUUCCACGGCGACCCCGGCAGGCGAUGUGAUCUGGAUACUCCUCCUGGCUUUACUUGAUCAAUGAACAUUUUAAAGCGACGUGUCCGAGCGUGUUUUUGUUCCCUGUGUGUGCGUGUUUCGGGUUGUCCGUUAAGAAUGAAUGUGAAGGAGAAACUGCGCCGCCGCAAUCCAGCGAUGCAACUGGUCGAUGCGAAAGGUACACCUGUGUCAGCCCCCUCCUCCCUCUGUCAGACUGUGGAGUUUGUACAGCUCUAAUGCGACUCUUUGCUUUGACUUUUAGACGUGAUGUAAUUAAAGAGCUUGGAGAGUUUUUCUGUGA